UGCUGAAGCAGCGAAGGUCUUUCUUACUCCUAGCAUCGAAUAUUGAUUGGCGGUGCUAAAACGCUGCGUUUUGGCAGAAAUCUCACAGAGCAGACUGCGACUGCCUUGUCACCCCAGUUACCUUGCGGUUCCAGUUGUUCUUCGUCUUCCACUCCAAGAGCUAGCGGCAGAGGAUCAUCCCACCUUCUUCUCUAUCGGAACUCAUGGCUGCGAUCUUAGCUCGCAAGUCUCUCCUCGCUUUCCGCGCUCGACAGCUCGCUGUAGGAGGACAAGCAUUGCAGGGCUCCAACCAUUAUGGGCUGCAAUUUGGUGCACAUUCAUAUUCCACGGACAAAGAUGAUGAAGAAAGAGAAAAACUUGCAAAGGAGAUUUCUAAGGAUUGGAAUUCUGUUUUUGAGCAGAGCAUAAAUACAUUGUUUCUCACUGAAAUGGUUCGGGGUAUGAUGCUGACACUAAAGUACUUUUUCGAAAAAAAAGUUACUAUCAAUUAUCCAUUUGAGAAGGGACCAUUGAGCCCUCGUUUUCGCGGGGAACAUGCCCUUCGACGUUAUCCAACUGGAGAGGAACGUUGCAUUGCCUGCAAACUCUGUGAAGCUAUAUGCCCAGCUCAAGCAAUCACAAUUGAAGCUGAGGAACGAGAAGACGGAAGCCGUAGGACAACCAGGUAUGACAUUGACAUGACCAAGUGCAUCUACUGUGGAUUCUGCCAAGAAGCAUGUCCUGUUGAUGCCAUUGUUGAAGGACCCAACUUUGAAUUCGCAACGGAGACUCAUGAGGUUAAUAGACAUCUUCUUUACCACAUUAUUGGCCGCUGUACUUUAUUAAACAACUCUUACAUUCUUCCAAUGAUGCAGGAGCUUCUCUAUGAUAAGGAGAAGUUGCUCGAGAAUGGGGAUCGAUGGGAAACUGAGAUUGCAGAGAACCUCAGAUCCGAAAGCCUCUAUCGUUGACUACUUUGAUGUUCUUCUGGAGCAUUCCUGCCUGGCUGAAGCUUGUAUUUUGGACUUCAAGUAUCUGAAAAUAAAUAGAUCUGUUACUGAUCACUUUUUUUUCUCCCCCAAAUUUUUGAAUUCUUGAUUUUGUGAUUCAUCGGCCGCUCUUUGUUAAUUCUAUAUGGGUUUGGAACCUUCUUAAGGUACGGGAGUUUGAUUCGAAAUGCAAGGGAAGGAACAAAAUUUAUCUUGUCAAAUCUCUACAAACUACAGUCUGUUUGGAGAAUUAGAAACCAAGGAAUAUGUAGUCACAUCUGUGGUUUAUGCUA